UGGCAGAACCAACUACCAAAAUUAAGAGCUCAUUUUCCAUAUCAAAUCAACUAAUUAUUAGAGUAAUAAAUUUCACUUUCUUUACACAAUAUCUUAUUGGAUUUCCUUCUUUGACUACCCCAUCAUCUCUUUUUGGCUAUAUAUGCAUAGAGUAGGCAAAACAAGAAGAUGGAUUUGCAAAGUUUCACCAAUUUGACAGCUCCCUUGUUCUUUGUUCUUGGUUUGUACUUGGUCUAUAGAUACCCAACUUUUUCUUCUCCUCAAAAAAAUAUGGCUGAAGGAUCCCCCAAAUCUAUUUAUGAUUUCACUGUCAAGGAUAUAUCGGGAAAUGAGGUACCUUUGAGCAAUUAUAGGGGAAAGGUUCUUCUUAUUGUCAAUGUCGCAUCAAAAUGUGGGUUAACAGAUUCAAACUACAAGGAGCUGAAUGUUUUGUAUGAGAAGUACAAAGAUCAAGGUUUUGAAAUUUUGGCAUUUCCUUGUAACCAGUUUCUGUGGCAAGAGCCCGGAACUAAUGAGGAGAUUCAGCAAACUGUAUGCUCCAGGUUCAAAGCUGAAUUCCCUGUAUUUGAAAAGGUUGAUGUGAACGGGGAUAAUGCUGCACCACUUUACAAGUUCUUAAAAUCAGAGAAAGGUGGUUUCCUUGGAAAUGCUGUCAAGUGGAACUUCACCAAAUUCCUUGUGAACAAAGAAGGGAAGGUUGUGGAACGAUAUGCACCCAAGACACCACCUCUUCAGUUUGAGAAAGAUAUACAAAAUCUGCUGGGUUCGUCUUGAGCACCCAGGACUACUGAAAGAUUCUAUAAGGCAAGUCUUAGAGUCCAGCAUAUCUACACCUUUAGUUGGAAGCUUUACAUUGUUCUGUCUUUUUCCUUCUUCCCUGCCUAUGAAACAAGCGAGCUUGUCCUCCGCCCCCUUCUUUUUUCCUCGUUGAUGUACUUUGGUUGUGUAAACUCGUUCCUCUCAACAAAUAUGUAAAAAUAAAAGUAGAUUGAUAUAUAA